AACUCGAAUAAAUGCAAUUUAAUAAUUGUAAUAAGCAAGAUCAUUUUUUCAUUGAUGCACUAUCUUCGACAGUUAAAUAUUGCCGCCAUUACUAUUUAUAUAGCUGCGUAAACAGAUGUCUGCUCAUAAAAUAACAUCAGAAAUAUUUACUGAAAAUGAUAAGAAUUCAAAAGAACUCAGUAGCGAUAGUACAGUUACUCAAUUUAUCUUUAAAUGCCCAUCUUAUAUGAUAAAAUUAAAAUCAAAUAUAAGAGCAAUAAAGUAUGACCAAGAUGACGAUCUGGAUAUAGACAGGAAUGUAGAAAAUAUUUUAUAUAUAGAACACAAUGUAUCUACAGAAUUGCGAAUGGUAGGCUUGCAAGUAUGGCGAGGUGCCCUUUUACUAGCCGAUUAUAUUUUAUCCAACCCUGAUUUAUUUAAAGGAAAAAUAAUUAUGGAGUUAGGAUCCGGUGUCGGUUUAACUAGCAUUGUUGCUAGCUUUCUAGCAAAAGAAAUAAUUUGUACAGAUAUUAAUUUAGGUGAAAUAUUAAACGUAGUUAAGCGAAAUUUCAUAAGAAAUAUAUCUUAUGUGAAAUGUAAAUUCCAUAUAGAAGAAUUAAAUUUCUUAAAUUUAAAAUGGUCUCAAAGUUUAGAAGAAAAAAUUGAUGUGACGGAUAUUAUCAUAGCUGCGGAUGUGAUUUAUGAUGAUGUUAUAACGGAUGGAUUUGUUACCACAUUAGACAAAAUCUUAAAAAAGAAAGAUUCAAAAAUAGCUUACAUAGCAUUGGAAAAAAGGUAUGUUUUCACUGUUGCUAAUAUGGACACUGUUGCUCCAAUGUAUGAAGAAUUUCUACGUUGUAUUAGAAGACGAAAUCUUAACUGGAACAUAGAAUAUGUGAAAAUAGAUUUUCCACGAUUUUUUAAAUACGACAGAGUAAAACAUAUGAUUUUAAUGAAAAUAGAAAAUAAUGAUAAGUAAAUAUAUAGUAUACAAAAUAUUAAAUUAUUUAAUUUGGACUAUAAAUCCUUACAAAUUGAUUUAAUAAAUGUACCUAGUUAAGAAUCAAAGGAUUGAUAAUUAUUCAUAGAAGAAAUAUUUUUAUUUGUCAGAGUUAUCUGAACAAGAUCAUUAUGAUUUGCCUGUAGAUGUUUCUUCACGAAGCAAUUCCAUUUCUUUUCAUAUUACUUUACCUAAAAAAUAAAUAUAAUUUUUUAUUAUUUUAUUCAUAUAUAUGUAUAUAUAUGUAUAUAUUGUAAAAAUGAUUUAUCUUCAUUGACAUCGUCAUCAUAAUAAAUCACAGCAAUUUCGGUACUCUACUUGUUUGUAAACAAGUCUAUAAUAUUAUCUAAUAGUACAGUUAGUUUCUAUCAUUUCAAUGGUUAGAAAAAAAAGUAUUUACAACUGUACAAUUCUCUGUACUCCAUUAUAAUUCCAAGUAUGGGUAUAAUUAGAAUUAAUUUUACUAUUUAUUUCUUCUUUUUAUUAGUGGAUAUAUAAUGAUUUCUUACACAUCAUUUUUAAUAUAUCCAAUUGUAUUGUGAUUGUGUAUAACUGGUAUUUUUCUUUAAACUAUGUAGUUUGGUGAAUAAAUGAAGACUGUUUCUUUGACAUUUAUCAAGUCUGCAGUAGGGUCGUUUUACAUUUCCAAAUAAACUUUUUCCAUUCGAAUACGGGAAGAGUUUUUAACUUAUUUUGUAGUAACAUCAAUAUUGUCAAUGUUACCAAAAUUACUUAAUUUCAUAUUAGCGCAGAUUUUCUUAAUUUUAUAAGAUUUAUAUCUUUUGGUGUUGAUUUCUCUAAAUAAUUUAUAUCAAUGAAUUAAUUUCUUUUAACAAACAUAUAUAACAUUUUAAAAUUACCUUUAAAGUUAUCACAUCCAUUGUCACUAUAAGAUAUAACAGAUAAAAUAGUUGUUAACAUACUAAAGGAUAUGGAUUACAGAAAUUUAAGGAUAAAUAAAAAAUUUUAUAUCGUGGAUUAUAACAUUCAUUUCCUUGGAUAAAUAUUAUUAUCAAAAGUUAAAAUUUGUGAUGACAACUGGUUCCUUCAGACAAUAAGAUAAAACCAAUUUCAUACAGUUUGUUUUUUAAAAUUUGCUUGUUUCAUAUAAUGUAUAUGAUGAGAGACGUAAUAAGAUACUAAAAACUUCUUUCCCUCUCUCUCUCUCUCUCUCUCUCUCUCUCUCUCAUUCUUUCUCUUAAUAACACAUCUUAUUGUAGUCUAAUACAAACUAUCGUUAGAGAAACUUUGAAAGUAUUUCAAUAUACUUUAAAUUCCAAACAAAAGUAAUAAUUACCACUUAUUUUUAUGUCCAUGUAUUUUAUUGUAAUUUUUCUUUUUUAUUUUUUUCUAUUUACAUCCUAGCAUAGAGACAAUAAUAUUAAUGGACAGUAGUUGUGAAGUCGUUCGAAGAAAACGAAGAUUCCAAAAUUUUUAACAAACAUUAAGAGCAAGUGUAUGAAUAACUAACAAAAACAAAUUGAAAGAAAUGAUAUUAUACGUAAAGGAAUGUAAACGUUUCUUCGAACAACUACGGGCAGUAAAAGUCAUAUAUUACACUCAAGUAAACAUUUUAUCAUGAUGCACUAGCUCUGAUUUACAAGCUUUUAUGAGAGAACAAUAUGACUUAUAAUAUAUAUUAUGGGAAACAAAAUAUACACAUAGAGAUUCCCAAAAUGGUCAACAAUUGUUACUCUCAUAUACAGACCUUGCUAGUUUGGUAAAGGCACUUUCAACCUAUGCAUUCCUUCUUUUAUAAAUUUAAAUUUACAAUUUAAGAUUUGUGUAAUCCAAAUAGAGCACAAAAGAUCAACUUUAAUUAAUUUAAUUCUAUCUUUCAUUCUGACGUUUUCAUCAAUAAAAUAAAUUUGUAUAAUUCAUCCAUGAUGGUAUAGAUGUUAAAAUAUUAAUAUGAUAAGUUAUAGGAUAAUUUAAAUUAACAUUCUAUAAAAUACAAAAUUACUAUACUGUAUAAAAAAAACAGCAUGUACAAA